UCACACUCAGUUGCAUCACCUGUGUGCCAUUGACGCAGGCACCUGCCAAGCGUCCACUCACGUUCACACACUAGUGUCUCGUGCUCGCAUCGCCCCUGCAGCCACCACCGCCACCAAGAAAUACAGACAGGCAUGGACAGACAGUGUACCAACAUAACAAUCAAUCAAUCACCCACACCAGCCCUUUCCCUCUCCCCGUCCCCCAGGGUGAAGCUGUGAGCCAUCCAUCAGUUCGCUGUCUCCCGUCCGUCCGUCUGUUGGUGAAGGUGAAUGGAUGAAUCAGGUGCCCAUGUCCUCUUCAAGUUCGUCCUCGUCGUCGUCUCUACCGCCCUUCUUGUCCUUCUUGGCGGCGAUGCCCAGCAAGGCGGCCCGCUCCUCAUCUCGCUCACGCAUGGCCGCCUCCUCCGCCUCAUCGUCGUCAUCGAUGCCCUGACCCGCCGAUCCACCUACGCCCUUCUCCGCACUGCUGGCAUAGGCCACAGAGAAGUCCACCGAUGACCAGUCGCGCCACAUGCCGUCGACGGGGUCGUUGCUCGACGUCACCUGACGCACCUCCACAGGAUUGCCCUCUGAUAUAAAACCCUGCACAGACGGAUGGAUGGAUGGAAGACACACGUGCGGACAUGAGAGUGCGUGUGUGUGUUCGGCUCCCCCCUCUCUCCCGUCCCUUGUUUACUUGUCUGAUCCACUCCAUGAUGCUCUCGGAUGUGAACGGGCCGUAGAGCUGCCCGCUGUCCGGUACUGAGGGGGUGGCAGAUGACGCGGAUGGCUGCGCUGCUCCGGGCGCGGAAGGCUUCUUCCACCUGAUGAUUGAUUGAUUUGAUUGAAAGCAACCAUGGAAUCGGGGUCAUGCAGGUACUUUGCCCGAGUGUGCGCCUUUUACCUGUAUUGCCAAUAGAGCAGCUCGCGGUCCUCAGAUGAGCCGACAGGCCCACCACCUACAAGCACCACCACGAGAUCAAAGGCAAACCACAAAAGCACCAGACAUGGUGGUUGGGUCAGGCAGCGGUGGGUGUGAUAGAUGAUGAACAUGAAGGGCUUUAUGUACCUGCCGCUGGUCUCCUCUGCCCACGUCCCUGGCUGUGCUUCUUGAGCGCCUCCUCGAUCUCCUCACGGGUCAUGAAAUACGCAUCUGAUGAUCCACACACAACCAUCAUACACACUUUAGUCCCUUCGUUCCUCACUUUUCUGCCUGUCUGUCUGUCUGUCUGCCUGUGUGGCUCCCUACUGCUUCCUUCGGCCAUGAGCCCAUCGCAGAGCUCCGUCACGCGGUUGAAGGUGGCUACCUCCUCGUCGGUCAUCCGGUGCUCCUUGCCGCCCUCCCUCUCCGUGCUGCCCCUCCCACCCUUCUUGUUGCGCCCCUUGACGAUCCCUGGAAUCCCGCCCCCGCCACCUUUCGUGGUCUCCCCGCCGGCCUUGAUGCGUCUGAGGGCUGCGGUGGGUGUCUCACCCGGUUGCAGCACCUGUAUGAGGGCGGCGAGGGAUGUGGGUACGUCCACCUGGAUGACCUCUGCGUCACGAUUCAUACGCUGCAUCACCGCCCGCCGCUCAUCGUCGUUCUAGCAGUGAAUGGUACGAUGAAUGAAUGCAUACCAUCGGGUGUGGUGCAUAGUGUUUGCCUACCUUGAAUGUGGUCGAUGCGGCGCCUCCAUCGACGGAGUCGAGCCACGAGUCCUUGAAGUCCUCCUCCUGCUUCUUGCGGUCGACGAAGAGGAAGUUGCCCUCCUCGUCGAUGUUGCCCUCCUCCAUCUCCUGACGCAUGUUGAACGGCUCAAACUUGACGCCCUCCUCAUUCACCUGCAAACACGCACACAGAGCACACCCACAUGAUGCGGUGCUCUGUGUGGGCUGUUCUGCGUCUGGCUGACUGACUUGCACAUCAGGGUCCGCCUCCUCGAGGUUGCCGGUGGUAUCCAGCUCGUCGGUUACGACGCCGGCGGCCUUUUGCUUCUUCCGAGAUCUUAUCUCAUCGACAGUGUCCCUGUCAAACUGCCAAUCCAGCUCCGCCCCGUCAUCACCUUUGAGAUCUCGCUCAAUGUCGGCCCCGCGCUUGCCGCUAGACAUGCUCAACAGAAGGGAGGGAGAAAGUGAUGGCAGGAAG